AUGGAUGCAUUUGUCGUUCAAAUCCUUCCUGGUGAAUCUAGCGUCAACCUUGAAGUAUCAGAAAGUAAUAUAACCGUUAUCAUUCCUGUUGGUUCUGACCAUGCGCAUAACGUGCGACUUCAAAGAAAUGUCGGUACCUGGAGUGUUGAUUUGUUGCACAAUAAUCCAGGGUUUGGAAAACCCUAUUUAUUAAAGUUAAUCAAUCAAAAAGAGAAUGACACGAUAAAGAUUUCUAUUGUUCCUGAACGUGAUUUCAUCACGACAACUCUGCUUAAAUGCACUUUUAAAAGUCUAACAAAAUUCUCUCUCAAUGGGCCAAAUAUCCGAGUUACCAACUCACAACUGGAUAAGACAUUUACUGGAGUGAGCCUCCAUCUCAAUUCGAUUGGCACUGUGGGAAUAUCCUCUCACCCACUUCAAGUGAAAUCACUCGACAUCAGUGUGACGUCAUCAGAAGGAGUUUCAGGCCGUAGCGAUGUGUAUGUGAAUACUGGGGCGCUUAUAAGAUGUCGAUGCCUCACAGCAUACCUCGAAAAUGGCUCAAAUGUGUUCCUGAAUGGCACAGUAACAUGUCCUUCUUCAUCUUACAAUUUAAACUUUCGAGUUCUAUCCGGCAAUCUGCAUGUAAGCGUAAAUGGCAUUCUAGGAAAGAAAAUUCAGUCCAAUUGCACACACCUUACGAAGGAUUUCAAAACAACAGAAAUAAAUGAGAUCGAAGAUGAUAAUAAGGACAUUUCACAGCUCCCAACAACGACUCUGGAACAGAAAAGUGAAACAAAAAAAUCAGUUGAAGAGAGUAGCACAAUCGCCUCGGCAGUAGGCUGUAAACAAAAAGAUAAAUCAUGCACAUCUUGUGCACGGAAUACCAAUACUGAAACAAAAACGUUAUAUCUGGAAAUUGUGAACGGAAAUUUGACAAACUUUGGAAAGAUCCAUGCUAAAGAGUAUUUACUAUUGCUAUGCGAUAAUUUACUUCUAUGUGAAGCUUCCAAGUACGAUACAGCCACGAGGGGAUUUCUCAGCUUCACUGAAUUGCAAAAAGAAUCUGGAUAUUUGUCGAAUGCGCAACAAAACCCAAAAACAGAAUCCUCGUUUAAUGAUUCUCGCUUGCUUUCAACUGUCCGAAAUCUUGACUCAAAAAGAUUUAUUUCCAUUUUAAACGAAGAGGUGGAUCCAACGGUCACAGUUGAUGGCUUUGGUAUCUACAAUGAAUUAAAGAAUAUAUUUGGACAAGGAAGUAGCGUAAGUUACGAUAGAGACAAAGGAGAGAAGGAAUUGAUACGUAGAGGUUUUGAGACCUGGAAAUGGAAACAUGGUGUAAUUUCUUCAACAUCCAUCAAGUGUGUUGUUAAAGAAGAUUUAGAUGAUUGCUCGCAGCUGCAAAGUAAUCAAUUAAUUUUGCAAGUGGAAGGAACCGCGAGAGUCGUGAAACCGUGGACAUGGAAAUGUGGGGAAUUAUCUGGUUUUGUAAAAGGAAACUUUCUUUUCUACGAUAAUGCUAUUAUUACAAAGUUAAACAAACUUUGCGUGCUUGGUGCUUUUCGUAUUUUUCAAACAUCAACUGUUUGGGUUACAGAAGGUGGUACGGUAAUCACUGUCGAGGAGUUUGAAAAUAAUAAUAUCUUCGUCAGCGAUAAAAGUCUCGUUUUAGACCUUGGUUAUUUAAAACAAGGAAGAGAUUCCAGCAUCGUUAGCAAUGAAGAUCUUCUUGUUUCCUUGCAUAAGAAAGUUGAAGAAAGUUGGUUUGGAAAUGUUUACGUUCAUCGUAAUCUCUUUAUCCAAGUAGAAGAGCGAGUUGUUUGCGAUGCAUAUUGUGUCGCAAGGAAAGUUCAUUUAGAGUUCUUUGGAGAAGCUCCACAAUUUGUUACCACACAAAUUCUUCUCGCAGAGGAUAGCAGCAUAACCAUGUGGGCGGAAAAUGAACGUGAAAGUGCUAAUUUUGUCGUGUCUGGAAAACUUAGUGCUUGUGGAAUCAAAGGAGAAACAGCGAGUAUGCAUGUUCUUUCUGGUGGAGUUGCUGAAAUCACUUGUUCAGAUGAAGUUGAGGUGAUCACAAGUUCUCUGGAAGUCAGCGGUGAAACAAUCAUAAGAACAAAACCGAAUGAAGACAAAGGAACACAAUGCACUGACACUCGUAUCUUAACAACUUAUAUCUACUGUGUGAAAUCUCUUGUUGUUGACGGGAUUUUAAAGGUUUUUAGUUCAGAUCUAAACAUCUAUAUCGAGACUUUUAAAAACAACGGCGUUUUAAAACUAUUCACAAGUGACCAUCCUUCGGGCUCAUUUCAAAUUGAAUGUGACAAAGACGUCUUCAACUCUGGCAUAAUUGAAUCAGAAGGAAACAUGAUCAUUAAUGCCAUGACUGUGUCUAAUAAAAAUGGUGUUAUAAAGUCAUCACCCAGUCUAAAUAUUUCUACCAAUUUCCCCGGGGCGACAACAUUGUGUGGCCAAAUUCUGGCGGACAAACAACUUUCUAUUUCUUCAAAAUCAAAAGAAGAGCUUAACCUAGCUAUAAUUGGUGGAAAGCGUGAAGAUCUCCAGUAUUUUUUUCCACCGGAUCAUUUCGAAGUGGAAUGUAAAGAGGCCUUUCUAAGAAUUGAAUCAAGUGUCCUACGUCCAGAAAUUCCCGACGACUUGUUAAAUGAGAACAAUGGUAAUCGUUCUGUCGUGUUUCUUAGCCUGCGGAGGUGUCUGAUUGUAAUGAAAGAAUGUCAGUUGGAAGCUGUUUGUGUUACCUUUACUCAGACUGAGGACAACAAUGAUGAUGAAAACCCCUCAAGAUUUAUAAUCCAGGAUUCAAUUAAAGCAAAAUAUCUUUAUCUUUGCGCUGGGAAUGCACCCGAGUCGGACAUUUCAAAGAAAGAAGACAUCUUAUUCCAGGGUUCAAAUAACCUAACUGUGUUUAACACUCUUGAAGUUGAUGGAUCAGUUCAUGAAAUUAUAUUUGGAACUGAAAACGUCCUGAGUUGCACUGAAGCAGUUCUACAUUGUGAAAUCGCAACAAUAAAAACAGACAUCGAGUGCAUUGAACUUGACGCGAAAAAUCUAAACAUUGAAGAUGAGGGGCAGAUGAAAUGCAUCGGGAAAAACGACAAAGAGAUGAAAUCCUCAGUUAAAGUAGAAAAAACCUUCAGUGUAAAGGGUUCUGUUGAAUGUGUUGGUCCGGUUGCAAUCUUCAUUGGUGGGUCGUUUGUUCAAGAAGAAGCAGGAAGUAUAACAGUAGAACAAGAACUCCUUUUACAAACUAUCAAUGAAAAUGGUUAUGGUUAUGUUACUUUAAAAGGUUCAACUAAAGGACAAACAGAAUCAUUUCUAAAUGUUACAAGUGACAACAUCGAAGUUUCAGGACGUUUAUCUGAGGUUAAAACUCUCAAUUUGAAUGCUUUAGUCAACAUGGCAUUUUCUAAGGAAAGCAGAAUUUCAUGUGAAGAAAUUGACAUAAAAGGAGAAUGGAUCACUACUGCAGGAACAAUUUGCGAAUUUCAAACACUGAAUAUUGAACCAUGGGCAAUAAUAAACUGUGGUACCAUUGAUUCUGAAAUUGAGUCCUCGGAUAUUUCCUUUAAGUCUGAUUUAACGUUAAUUAACAGCGGAAUUUGUCGUGCCCAGACGACGUAUCUCGAGGCACCAUUUUUGUUGAGUCUCCCGGGUGAAUCAAUCGCCGAUGUGAAUGACGUCACCCGUUGCCAAUUAGUUGGCAAUAAAAGGCUCAAGUUAGAAAGCAUCGCCUGUUUUCUUGGUGGAUCAUCUCUUCGAUCACGUACGAGAUACGAAAAUUUAAGUGUGUUGUUGUUUAAAUUUCUCACCCACGUGACCUGCACGCCAGAUUCAAAGAUUGUAGACGCAUGGUCAAAGGCAGCAGAAUCCCUAAGAAGCAUUCAAUCACAAAUAACCCCCGAUGGUAGCAAACAAGAUUCGUCCAAAUUAAAAACUCUGAUGAAUUCGAAUAAUUUAGUAAAAGGCACAGAAGUUGAUUUAAGGAUUGCUCGGAUGUAUAACAUGGUCAACGAUUUUGUUGAGGAGAUUUUGAAAAAUGGAAUCAGGUCGUUCGAUGCAACGAAACUGGUGUAUAUCCUCACUAUCGAGAGCGAACGUUACACGAAGAUCAACAUUUUGAAGGAGAAAUUACUACAAGUUCCAGAGAGAGCCAGAAAGCUACGUCAAUUGGGGAAAAGAAGAGUAAUAAAAUUAAAGAAAUCAGUGAGACAAAAGCUUGGAUUUUCAGAUCCUAAAAUGGAAAGUGAACAAAAGGAAGGAAUCUUUGAAUCUGGAUUUUUCUCGUUUGGUGAAGGUGUUACAUUCACCGACGCUUUAUAUGAGGCUGCGUUUGUGGAAGUUCUUUGUGACGAAGGUUUCCUAUUUGCUAUGGAUUUCUUGGCUAGUGCAAAGGACGUUGUCAUGAGUAAACGAGAAAAGAAAGCAGUAGCAAUGGUGAUAUAUUCAGAAAAAUUAGACAUGGAAAAUAUUAAUGCCGACCACGCACAUUUUAAGACCAAGAAAGCAAAACUUACGGACAUCAACACAAAAACGUUAGACGUGAGUGCAAGUGAAUCUGUCGAGGCAGAAAACAUAAAGGGUAACACUGUUAACAUGGAAAGUGGAAAUAUCAAAGUCUCAACAUUGGAUGCGAAGAAUACUACCCUCGAUUCGUCCAACGAUGUACAGCUUCGAAACAUCACAUCCGAUAACUUACAAGUACAAGCGAAAAAUUUGGUCGCUACUGGUAAAAUUGAGUCAGUCGUUGGUAAAAUUGAGAGUCAAGGUGGUAUUAAUUUAGCUUACAAAAAAAAGAAUGGGACACUAGCUGCUGAUCACAAGUUUAAUACUCUACAGAUAGAGACAAGAAAAAUUAAUGACGUCAAUAAAUUAUUAAAAGGGGACGGAAUAUAUGCGGAUUUGAAAAUUUGCGAUGAACUCGGAUUAGUUGUUACUGAUCAAGACGUGAUAUUUUCGAGAUGUGUCGUUCAACAGAAUUACAAACUAAAUUUAGAUGCGAGAUCCGUAAAUAUUGAAAAUUCUUCCCUAAAUUGGAAAAAAGAAGCCUCAAUUUCAUCAGACAAAACGAUUAAUGUGGAUCACUCAUCAAUUUCAUCACAAAAGUCUGUUUCACUUAAAUCUAAAUCCGGAAAUGUUGGCAUGAAUUCGUCUCAAAUUCACGCUGGUGAAGUUGCAAUGGUUGAAGCUUGCAAAGGUUCGGUGAAAAUGUCUGGUACGUCAACUUCUGGGGAUCAAGCUGUAAGCAUCAAAGCUAAAGGAGAUGUUAUCAUUGAUCCUGUACGAAAAAAGAGAGAGGAACGUACAAUUCAAGAGUGCCACAAAUCAACAAUAAAAUCUGGAGGUCAAGUAAAUAUUAAAUCCAAAAGAAAUAUCAAAAUGAUUGGGACAGAUUGUGCUGUUCAGGGUGACAUGAUUUUUGAUGCCGCAGAAACUGUCUUGCUGCAAGACAGAAAAUUGUCAAAGUCAGAAAAACCACAUACAAGUAGACUCUCUUUCUCUCUGGAAAAAGGUUUAUCUUAUGGGAAAUCCCACAAACAAAUGCACCAGGAACAGCUGGCUGGUUCGAAACUACAACAAAGUGGUGGAAAUCUCGUUUUGAAAGGAAAAAAUGUUUUUGUGAAAAAUGCAAUGAGAAUCGAUGCCGAAAAUUUAAUUGUUGAUGCAAAAAAUGCAAAAUUCAAGGGAGCUGAAUUGAACAAUUCAUAUUCAGAAAAAAGUUCCUCCGUAAAUUUUGGUAUGUCUUUUGACAUUACAAAUGAAAAAUCAUGGGGAAAAGAAAAGAAGAUUAUCAAUCAGAGUAUAAAUGUGCGAGGAAAAACAAGGUUUAUUGACUGCAAUAACGUUACAUUGACAGCUAGUAACUUAAAUACCGGAGCGAUCUCAGGAAAUGUUAAACACCUUGCUGUAAUUUCUAAACAAAACGAAAUUGAAGCUUAUAAACAAACGGAAAGUGUUGGUUUUGUGGUAAGCGGUGGAUUACCAAUUCCUAGCAAAUAUGGCAUUAGUAAAAGCAGCGACAGGGGGAAAUAUGUUGAAAGGUCAAGCGGUAUUCACUCUCGCGGAUCUAUAAAUAACGAGUUCAAAGUUGGUUCUGUUCAUUUAAAAGGUUCUACGGUCACGGCAGAUGGUGAUAUAGCAAAAUUCGCUGAUAAUAUAAUUUCCGAAAAAGUAAAAGGUUAUCGAUCACAAAACGAAUCCGGCAUCAAUUUAGGAAUUACUAAGAUCAGUGCUGGGUUUGGUAUGCAUCAGGGCGAAAAAUUCAUGAAAAUGGAGCAUAUUGCAACAAUUGGAUCACUCUCCGGAACAGUUGCAAGUGAAAUGAAACAAUCUGUCAACACUGAUCUUUCUGAACAUGCCAAAACAACGCAAAUGCGAAACUCUAAUCUUGGAUUCAAUGUAAGAGGAGGAAAAGAUGGUGUUGCAACAUAUGUACAAGCUGGUGAUGUGAGUGUUGGUUUUUCUGCAUCAAAACAAAAAAUAGGAUUUAAAGGACAAGUUGGCGAUAAGAAAUUUAGUGUCUCGGGCGGCCCAUCUGGUGGGUCGUUAUCCAUACAAAAUGGUCAAAACAAUUUCGGAGUGGGUGUGACAAACCAUGGCGUUGAUAUGAAUCUUCGUUCCGGAGAUAAUGAAUUAGGAGCCUCUCUUGGAAAAAAUGGUUUCUCUACCACAGUCCAUAAAGGAGAAUUUGAACUCUCCGCGUCUAGUUCAAAACAAGCAAAAGCAUUUGGAAUAAAGGCAGGAGAAUUUGAAACUAAAUUAAGGAAAGAAACGGAUCCAACGACAGGAAAAUCAAAACUAGAUGGGAAGGUAAAAGUCGGUGAACUCGAGAUGACGGGUUCGUCAUCAAAGAACAAGAAAUCUUUCGUAAUGAAGGCUGGAGAAUUUGAAACUGAACUGAGCGAAGAAAAAGAUUCAACAACGGGAAAACCAAAACUUGAUGGAAAGUUAAAAGUCGGUGAACUCCAGAUGACGGGUUCGUCAUCAAUAAACAAGAAAUCUUUCGUAAUGAAGGCUGGAGAAUUUGAAACUGAAUUGCGCGAAGAAAAGGAUGCAACGACAGGAAAACCAAAACUUGAUGGAAAGUUAAAAGUCGGUAAACUCCAGAUGACGGGUUCGUCAUCAAUGAACAAGAAAUCUUUUCUAAUCAAGGCUGGAGAAUUUGAAACUGAAUUGAGCGAAGAAAAGGAUGCAACGACAGGAAAACCAAAACUUGAUGGAAAGUUAAAAGUCGGUGAACUCCAGAUGACGGGUUCGUCAUCAAUGAACAAGAAAUCUUUGGUAAUGAAGGCUGGAGAAUUUGAAACUGAAUUGAGCGAAGAAAAGGAUUCAACAACGGGAAAACCAAAACUUGAUGGAAAGUUAAAAGUCGGUGAACUCGAGAUGACGGGUUCGUCAUCAAUGAACAAGAAAUCUUUUCUAAUGAAGGCUGGAGAAUUUGAAACUGAAUUGAGCGAAGAAAAGGAUUCAACGACAGGACAGCCAAAACUUUAUGGAAAGUUAAAAGUCGGUGAACUCGAGAUGACCGGUUCGUCAUCAAUGAACAAGAAAUCUUUUCUAAUGAAGGCUGGAGAAUUUGAAACUGAAUUGAGCAAAGAAAAGGAUUCAACAACGGGAAAACCAAAACUUGAUGGAAAGUUAAAAGUCGGUGAACUCGAGAUCACGGGUUCGUCAUCAAUGAACAAGAAAUCUUUUCUAAUGAAGGCUGGAGAAUUUGAAACUGAAUUGAGCGAAGAAAAGGAUUCAACAACGGGAAAACCAAAACUUGAUGGAAAAUUAAAAGUCGGUGAACUCCAGAUGACGGGUUCGUCAUCAAUGAACAAGAAAUCUUUUCUAAUGAAGGCUGGAGAAUUUGAAACUGAAUUGAGCGAAGAAAAGGAUUCAACAACGGGAAAACCAAAACUUGAUGGAAAAUUAAAAGUCGGUGAACUCCAGAUGACGGGUUCGUCAUCAAUGAACAAGAAAUCUUUUCUAAUGAAGGCUGGAGAAUUUGAAACUGAAUUGAGCGAAGAAAAGGAUUCAACAACGGGAAAACCAAAACUUGAUGGAAAGUUAAAAGUCGGUGAACUCGAGAUCACGGGUUCGUCAUCAAUGAACAAGAAAUCUUUUCUAAUGAAGGCUGGAGAAUUUGAAACUGAAUUGAGCGAAGAAAAGGAUUCAACAACGGGAAAACCAAAACUUGAUGGAAAAUUAAAAGUCGGUGAACUCCAGAUGACGGGUUCGUCAUCAAUGAACAAGAAAUCUUUUCUAAUGAAGGCUGGAGAAUUUGAAACUGAAUUGAGCGAAGAAAAGGAUUCAACAACGGGAAAACCAAAACUUGAUGGAAAAUUAAAAGUCGGUGAACUCCAGAUGACGGGUUCGUCAUCAAUGAACAAGAAAUCUUUUCUAAUGAAGGCUGGAGAAUUUGAAACUGAAUUGAGCGAAGAAAAGGAUUCAACAACGGGAAAACCAAAACUUGAUGGAAAGUUAAAAGUCGGUGAACUCGAGAUCACGGGUUCGUCAUCAAUGAACAAGAAAUCUUUUCUAAUGAAGGCUGGAGAAUUUGAAACUGAAUUGAGCGAAGAAAAGGAUUCAACAACGGGAAAACCAAAACUUGAUGGAAAGUUAAAAGUCGGUGAACUCGAGAUCACGGGUUCGUCAUCAAUGAACAAGAAAUCUUUUCUAAUGAAGGCUGGAGAAUUUGAAACUGAAUUGAGCGAAGAAAAGGAUUCAACGACAGGAAAACCAAAACUUGAUGGAAAGUUAAAAGUCGGUGAACUCGAGAUCACGGGUUCGUCAUCAAUGAACAAGAAAUCUUUUCUAAUGAAGGCUGGAGAAUUUGAAACUGAAUUGAGCGAAGAAAAGGAUUCAACAACGGGAAAACCAAAACUUGAUGGAAAGUUAAAAGUCGGUGAACUCCAGAUGACGGGUUCGUCAUCAAUGAACAAGAAAUCUUUGGUAAUGAAGGCUGGAAAAUUUGAAACUGAAUUGAGCGAAGAAAAGGAUUCAACAACGGGAAAACCAAAACUUGAUGGAAAGUUAAAAGUCGGUGAACUCGAGAUGACGGGUUCGUCAUCAAUGAACAAGAAAUCUUUUCUAAUGAAGGCUGGAGAAUUUGAAACUGAAUUGAGCGAAGAAAAGGAUUCAACGACAGGACAGCCAAAACUUGAUGGAAAGUUAAAAGUCGGUGAACUCGAGAUCACGGGUUCGUCAUCAAUGAACAAGAAAUCUUUUCUAAUGAAGGCUGGAGAAUUGGAAACUGAAUUGAGCGAAGAAAAGGAUUCAACAACGGGAAAACCAAAACUUGAUGGAAAGUUAAAAGUCGGUGAACUCCAGAUGACGGGUUCGUCAUCAAUGAACAAGAAAUCUUUUCUAAUGAAGGCUGGAGAAUUUGAAACUGAAUUGAGCGAAGAAAAGGAUUCAACAACGGGAAAACCAAAACUUGAUGGAAAGUUAAAAGUCGGUGAACUCGAGAUCACGGGUUCGUCAUCAAUGAACAAGAAAUCUUUUCUAAUGAAGGCUGGAGAAUUUGAAACUGAAUUGAGCGAAGAAAAGGAUUCAACAACGGGAAAACCAAAACUUGAUGGAAAGUUAAAAGUCGGUGAACUCGAGAUCACGGGUUCGUCAUCAAUGAACAAGAAAUCUUUUCUAAUGAAGGCUGGAGAAUUUGAAACUGAAUUGAGCGAAGAAAAGGAUUCAACAACGGGAAAACCAAAACUUGAUGGAAAGUUAAAAGUCGGUGAACUCGAGAUCACGGGUUCGUCAUCAGUGAACAAGAAAUCUUUUCUAAUGAAGGCUGGAGAAUUUGAAACUGAAUUGAGCGAAGAAAAGGAUUCAACGACAGGAAAACCAAAACUUGAUGGAAAGUUAAAAGUCGGUGAACUCGAGAUCACGGGUUCGUCAUCAAUGAACAAGAAAUCUUUUCUAAUGAAGGCUGGAGAAUUUGAAACUGAAUUGAGCGAAGAAAAGGAUUCAACGACAGGAAAACCAAAACUUGAUGGAAAGUUAAAAAUCGGUGAACUCGAGAUCACGGGUUCGUCAUCAAUGAACAAGAAAUCUUUUCUAAUGAAGGCUGGAGAAUUUGAAACUGAAUUGAGCGAAGAAAAGGAUUCAACAACGGGAAAACCAAAACUUGAUGGAAAGUUAAAAGUCGGUGAACUCGAGAUCACGGGUUUAUCAUCAAUGAACAAGAAAUCUUUUCUAAUGAAGGCUGGAGAAUUUGAAACUGAAUUGAGCGAAGAAAAGGAUUCAACGACAGGAAAACCAAAACUUGAUGGAAAGUUAAAAGUCGGUGAACUCGAGAUCACGGGUUCGUCAUCAAUGAACAAGAAAUCUUUUCUAAUGAAGGCUGGAGAAUUUGAAACUGAAUUGAGCGAAGAAAAGGAUUCAACAACGGGAAAACCAAAACUUGAUGGAAAGUUAAAAGUCGGUGAACUCCAGAUGACGGGUUCGUCAUCAAUGAACAAGAAAUCUUUUCAAAUGAAAACUGGAGAAUUUGAAACUGAACUGAGCGAAGAAAAAGAUUCAACAACGGAAAAACCAAAACUUGAUGGAAAGUUAAAAGUCGGUAAACUCCAGAUGACGGGUUCGUCAUCAAUGAACAAGAAAUCUUUGGUAAUGAAGGCUGGAGAAUUUGAAACUGAAUUGAGCGAAGAAAAGGAUUCAACAACGGGAAAACCAAAACUUGAUGGAAAGUUAAAAGUCGGUGAACUCGAGAUGACGGGUUCGUCAUCAAUGAACAAGAAAUCUUUUCUAAUGAAGGCUGGAGAAUUUGAAACUGAAUUGAGCGAAGAAAAGGAUUCAACGACAGGACAGCCAAAACUUGAUGGAAAGUUAAAAGUCGGUGAACUCGAGAUGACCGGUUCGUCAUCAAUGAACAAGAAAUCUUUUCUAAUGAAGGCUGGAGAAUUUGAAACUGAAUUGGGCAAAGAAAAGGAUUCAACGACAGGAAAACCAAAACUAGAUGCAAAGUUAAAAUGCGGUGAAUUCGAGAUGACCGGUUCGUCAUCAAAGAACACGAAAUCGCUUGGAAUAAAGGCUGGAGAAUUUGAAACUGAAUUGAGCAAAGAAAAGGAUUCAACGACAGGAAAACCAAAACUUGAUGGAAAGUUAAAAGUCGGUGAACUCCAGAUGACGGGUUCGUCAUCAAUGAACAAGAAAUCUUUUCUAAUGAAGGCUGGAGAAUUUGAAACUGAAUUGAGCGAAGAAAAGGAUUCAACAACGGGAAAACCAAAACUUGAUGGAAAAAAUCUUUUCUAA